AUGUCUGUUCUUGACGAGACCCCCCGCUCGAAGAAGCGGCAACGGGCUACUCUCGAAUUUUUCCCUAAAGACUGCUAUGAGGAACGUCCAUCGGCAAAGAGAAGGAAAAGCACAUCUGAGGCUGGAACAUACCGGUGGCACCGUACUCCAAGCUUCUGGAAUAGGCUCUCUAGAGUCCAUCUGAGUCGAGGAGCAUUGAGAGAGUUUGACCGCAGGACUUCAGGAGCCAAACAACCGGUGUCGACACUGCUUUCCAGCAUCCACACCUCGUCUGGACCUGCGACCAAAAGCGUGAAGCGAUUUGCACGACACGGCGGACCUGACUUGACCCAUAUUCGAGGAUUUGCCGUUCUAGCUGACCAAGACGACACCAUGAGCGAAUCCAAUUCGAGCCGAAAGCGGUCAUCUGCAUCUGGCGGCAGUGGUGCGUCCCGGAAGUCCAAGUCUUCUUACGAUCCCAAUUUCGGGCAGAACUUAAUCGACGCUGGCAUCUAUCCUCACGACGAGAUUUCCCGACCCAAUAAUGCCCAAGACAUCAGAGACGAUAUGGCCAAAUAUCGGGCUUCCUUGUCUCCUUCACGAUUCCGUGACGAGGACUUCAAAGCAUUUACAAGACUUUGCAACAGACCGGGCGAUGAAGCGACUGUACGCGCCGAUAUCAUGUCCAUUAUUGCUGGCGAAUCGAGGGAAAAGCAUUAUUAUGCGGCGGACCGACAAUUCAAUCACCUGGAGCCGCUUGCAGCAGACCUCCCAAAGGCCGUACCAGACUUGUAUGACGGCGCUUACCCCCGAGAAAUCGAACGGCGUGUCCGCCGUGAUCUGGGAAAGCACAUUGCCCCAUGUAACAACACCUCUCUGCCGGCGGCGCCCAACUUCUUCCUCGAGGGAAAGAGUGAGGGCGGUCGUGCUGACGUUGCAAAGCGGCAAGCCUGUCAUGAUGGGGCGAUCGGCGCUCGAGCCAUGCACAGUCUGCAGAAUUACCAGUCGACAGAGCCCAUCUACGAUGGCAACGCCUACAGUUACUCAAGCACUUACCACCAAGGGACAGCAACACUCCAACACUAUGCUCACCAUCUGACGGGGCCCAAGACUCCUGGAGAACCGCCUGAGUGUCAUACGACAUUGUUGAAUGGAUUUCAGAUGUCGGGCAAUAUAAAUUCUUUCAGAGAAGGAGCUCGUGGUUUCCGCAACACCCGAGAUCGGGCCAAAACCGAUCGAGACAAGUUCAUUGAUCACGCAAAUCAGAUAGCCCGACGUGCAUCUACAGAUGCUCCGUCAACCACGUUGACGGACAGCCGUACUUCUGUAUCAAUACGCCACGAAGACGAAUCUGAUACUUCUACUGAACUCGUCGCCGAACAAACGACUGUCAAGCGCACUAGAUUUUCCACCGUAGAACAAUCAAGACACGCUGCUGUGCCACCACCCAUAGCAGCGUCCUACGCAACCGCGCAUCUCGGUCGCGAGGCUACGAUCUCUCGGCAACCAACAACAAGUGCACACUAUUUGCAAUCUACCACGCGUUCACGGGCCUCAAUUGAAGAUGGCUACCCCCGGAGGCAAAUCAAGCCUACGCAGAAGGUUCUGGAUAACACUUCUGCCAAUGGAGGUGUGCGUCAGAGACGAUGA